AGCAAAGAUGGGAAGAAAGAAGGGAAGGAAGCCAGCACUAAGGCAGGCCCCAAAAAAGUAUAACAAAAGGGGUAAUUUACUCUGAGAUUAUAGGGACAUUGUACAGGAAGCACAGGCAGGACCUGUCUUCAUAAGGUAGAAAUCGAGAAGUCGAAACCUGGUGAUCUGAGCAACUACUUUGAAGAUACCAAUAUGCAACAGAAUAAUCAUUGUUCAUUUCAUAUCAUCUUGUUUUGAAAUUCGGUAUCGUUUUAUUGUUUUUUUUUUUCUCUUUAAAAUAAAAAAAGAGAAGCCAUGCAGCUAUGCUUUCUCUGUCUCCUACAAAAGGCACCUGGUCUCUCACCUGCACAUCUGUUUGUCCUCUUCCUCCUCCCCCUCUUCCUCCACCCCUCUUUGGGGACAACCCUGCUCUAGUUCUUGACUCUUCCUUUCCAGCAGAGCCUGCUGAAUUUGCUAUGAGCUAGCUGGGCUGGGGAUUAUACAGAAGCAGGAGGAAGGCACCGGAGACUUUCGAGUAUCUGAAGUUGAUUCUUUUCUUCUGGACUAUUGCUUUGUAUUUCUCCACUCACGUGAACUCAAGCCCAGCCAGGUGACUCACUGGCCAAUGACAUGUGAAGGGACCCGAUGGGGAUCACAUCGAGGCAGAAACAUUCAGAAUCAGGGGCCCUUACCACGUCUUUUAGGGUUUGUAAAUUCCUGGACCAGCAUGGUGCGCUUGGUCAUCUCGAUCUCUCAGGAAUAUCAGGAGCACAGCGCCCCCUGUGGGUCAUGAUGGCCGGGUAGCACGAGUGAGCAUUGUUGGGUUUUAAAGCCUGUCCCAACUGAUAAGAGUUUUCUUCUGGCACUCACAAGCUAGUAGGGAAACAGUAUGGAACCAGGCUAGAGACCUAAAGCGCAGUACUGGUCUAUGGCCAAGUACGUGUUUGCGGUUUACAUAAAAUAAGACACAAUGAUCUCCCCUCUGAUCUCCCUCGUGUUGCUUUCAUUCGUCCUGGCUUCCAUCCCUGGUCACCUUCAUUCUAUUAGCCAGACUUCUCACGUCUUAGGUGGAUGAUCUCCAGAUGGACUGGUCUACAACGCUGGAAUAUAAUGACAUUAAAAAUUAUUGCACAUGAGCAAACAGCCUGAAACUGAACCCUAAUAUUUUGACUAAUCAAGAACAUUUGCCAAAGCGAAAGUAUUUUCCUCCCAAUCUCAAAAAUGUCCAUGUUCUUGUUGAAUCAUUUCAAAGUAUGGAAAGUUCCUAGCUGAUAGUAGUAGCAAUAAUGCAGGAAAAACCAUUUCCUUAAUUGGAUACACUUGUUUUUCCUUUUUAUUGGGGAUAGAUAACAGUAAAGGAUUAUUUUAGAGGAGUUUGCUUUGUACUGAUCCUUUUUUUCCUUUAGUUCUUUUCUGCCUAUUUUCAUGUGCAAAUCUAUCUCAUAGCAACCAUAGAUUUUUUUUGUGUGUCUUCCUGCACCUACCAGAAUACAAAAUAAUCCUUAGUUCCCAUCAUAAUGCUCAUAAUAAUGGCCUGCCCUGUUGGACUCUGAACCUCUUUUCGUAAUUCAUUUUUCAUAAGUGAUAAAUGCUAAACUUUAACCAGGAUGUUUGUUACAAAAGGCAAGACACCGCCAUUCAGGGCCAGCUUGGACUGAGUUCUAACUGAACACGGGGUGACCAUGACGUGCUGUGAGGGGUGGACGUCCUGCAAUGGAUUCUCUCUGCUGGCUCUCCUCCUGGUGGGAGUGAUUCUCAAUGCAAUCCCUCUGGGCAUCAACCUAGUUGAGCAGGACAAAAUUUUUCAAAACCCCAUCUCUUGCUAUGAGUGGUGGUUUCCAGGAAUUAUAGGAGCAGGUCUGAUGGCCCUUCCUGCAACCACGAUGUCCUUGGCAGCGAGGAAGCGAGGGUGCUGCAACAACAAAACCGGGAUGUUUCUUUCAUCACUUUUGAGUGUAAUCACAGUCAUUGGCGCUUUGUACUGCGUGUUGGUAUCUAUCCAGGCUCUCGCAGAAGGUCCUCUUAUAUGUAACUCUCAAGUCAACAGCACCGCCAAAUGUGAAUUCUCCUUCAAGAACUUAUCUAAUAUUGACUCUGAACCCUUCCGUCUGGAAUGGUUCCUGAAUGAUUCCUGUGUGUCUCCUGCUGGUUUCACAAACCUCAACACCAAUGGCAAUGUGGCCACCAGCUGGAAAAUCCCCAGCUCCAAUUCUGAAGAAGACAGAUACAGACUCUUUCACUUCUCAGUGUUCUUAGGUCUACUGCUGGUCGGAAUUCUCGAGGGCCUGUUUGGGCUGAGUCAGAUAGUCAUCGGCCUCUUUGGCUGUCUGUGCGGCGUCUCCGAGCGGAGAGGCCAAAUUGUGUAGGUGAGCGGUAGUGAGAUAGAAGUCUCCGUACUUUGCCUAAUUUGAAAACUACACUGUUUUUAGAGAAUAAAUACUUUUAGCAGUUCAAUAAUGGAACAUUAUCUACAAAGCUGUAUGAGUCAUUUGAGUACAAAAAGUUUUUUUUGCAGUCAUCUCUGAGGUGAUUAAAAAAAAAAAUCAACCCUUCACACAGACAGCAUGUUACAAACAUAACAGCUUUACGUGGAAAGGAACAAAAUCUUCACUGCUUGACUGCGGAGAGAAGGGAAGAAAGGCUUUCGAUCUGUUACCUUGUUUUUGCUCUGUGUUGUUCAGUUUUUCUAAUUAUAUAUGCUAUGUGUGUGGAGGGAGAGAACCCUUACAGGGAGGGCAAAAUGAGAACAGAAGUCGUCUUGGAAGUGAAAGUCAUAUGGGGAGUUUUUAUUGCAUUUUUUACACUUAAGAAAAAGACACAGACAUAGCCUGAAUGUAAUCAAGCCUCUGGACCUAAUUCCCAGCUUACAGAGAGAAAAGAAACUCAAAUCCAAAAGUGGGGACAAGGUAGGGGAUAUAGCUCAGCGGCACAAGCGCCUGCCCAGCAAAUACAGGGUCCUGAGUUCAAUCCCCCGUACCGGAAAAAAAAAGAGGGGGUGGGGAACAGUAAACAGAAUAGCUGUAUUUUCAACAAGAAAAUGUUACAGAAGAGCUCCAACAACAAAAGUGGUGGGACGGGUUGAUGGAACUUCACAAAUUGAGAACAAGAGAAGCCAGGCGCAGUGUGCAUGCGUGAAAUCCUAGUGCUCUGGGAGGUGGAGGCAGAGGGCAGGAGGCAGGAGGCAAGUCCAAGCCCAGCCUGUGCAAGCUGGUGAAACCCUGGUCUCACAAUAAAAAGGGCUGGGCACGCAGUUCAACGCGCAGGCCCUGGGUUCAAUCCUGCCUACUGAUUAGAAAAGCAAACCAAACCAAACCAAGAUGGGAGGGGGGCAUGUUUGAACUGAAUGUAUUAUACAGAUCUUACUAGGGAUAACUGGGACAAACAUACAUAAGACUGGGGCUAAAUUAUAUUACGAAAUCAUUAAUUUUGUUAGGUUUGAUAAUGGUUUUAUGGAUAUACAGGAAAACAUCUCUAGUUUUUAAAGAAAUGUAUAUUUAUAUGCUAGAGGGGGGAUGUCAUGUUUUUAAAACACUUCGACAAAAAACUGAAGUGAAAGAAAAAAUGUUCAUUGUUCUAGUUAAGUGAUUGGUGCAUGGCAAUUCAUUAUACUCUAUUUUCUUAUGUUAACAUUUUUAUAAUUUAGAAAAAUACCUGGAGAAAAAGUCAAUCUUUCAAAAGUUCGUUUCUAUACAUGACACUCUUUAAAAAAACAGGAUAAACAAAUUGUGUAUUUGACAUAUUAAAACGUUUUAAAAGACGAAACUAAAAAAUCGACAAUUUUCCGAAUGCUAUCUCUUGCAUUUUAUUUCAAGCUUUACAAUGUUUGCUGGCUUUAAGUCUCUAGAAACAACUCUCAUUACUUACAUUAUAGCUGUCCAAAUAAAUGAGUGACAUCAACCACUUCUGAGCCUUUGCUGCUAAGCUCACUUACUGCACGCCUACGCACGCCUGUUUAUCCUUGACGCCCAGCUUACACCUACGGGAGGUCUUCAGCGUACCUGACUCCAAUAAACUGAGUUAGCACUCGCCAAAGCCACUAUUAUCACCCUGACACAUGUAACACGUAUUUUUGUGCACCCAUCACUGCAGAAUUUAAGAGAACAAGGGACGACGUCCUCAUCCACUCAUUCAUCGGUCCUUUCCCACCUAAGGUCCUUAAAAAACGUCUCCUCUGUCUAUCCCCACCUCUCAUACCUCACCCGUCUUCUCUCUUGCACACUUCUCUUCAUCCUUUAGUGCAAAUACAUGUAUAUAUAUAUAUAUAUAUAUAUAUAUAUAUAUUUUUUUUUUUUUUUUUUUUUUCCCCCUAAGAGGCUAUACUUAACCUCCUAAUGAAAAAAAUUUUUUGUCUAGUAAGGAUUGAACCUUUGGCCUCUGCACUGAGAAAAGUCCUCCGCCCUUUUUAUCCGACCAUCCAUGCACCCCACCAUCUCCCUAUUUUUAUUCUGAGUCAGGGUCUUGCUGAGUCACUGCGUUCUCCAGGCUGGGCUUGCGCUCGUGGUUCUCCUGCCUCAGCCUGCGGAGUGUGGGGACUGCAAGUAUGCAGCACCACACCCAGCUUCUUUUCACUCUUGCCCUCACAGCGCCGAUCACAACGGCAGUAACAUUCCAUUUGCGCACGCUCCUUGUACUUCACUGUCCUGCGCAGGAUCUUAAUUUCCACGGGCCCAAACACGUUUCCUCUGUUCACCCCGGAAUGAUCGGGACACAGCACAGAGCCUGGCACGAAGGAGGGCCACUGUAAAUAUUUCACCAAGUGCAUGGUGAAUCCCAUCUGCAGCCCCCAGUUUCCAGUGAGGACUCCAUGCCUAUGAAAUGAAUGCCAAACUGCCAACUGCCACGACAUCACAACAGGUGAAAUGACCGACAGUCCACUGUACUUGAGUGAACAUGGGAGUCCGAGGAGAUGCGUCCAGCUUUCUUAGUAGCACAGCAAUGGGAUAAAACUCCAGUUCUCUGCAGGGCGGGGCAGAGAGACAUUUGUCUCCCAUUUCAAAGAGCAAAACAAAGGAUCAUUGGCAGUAACACAAUCAGAUGAAAAAGCUGGUGGCUUCUUCAUUUUUUAGAAUUAUGGAAACUAUUGCCAUGAAUUGAAUAUCUGAAGUUUAUGGGCUACUUGUGGUAUCUUUUGAGGGUAGGCCAUUUCUGACCUGGUAUCUAAACUUCCAAAUGCACGUCUGUGCACAUAUAACCACACACCUUCCCUAACCCACACACAAAACACAUCCCAUCAUUUGCAAAGCUCAAUGCGUGUGUUUUUCUGGCUGUACUGGGGACUGAAUUAAGGGCCGCACACGUUAGACAAGUGCUCUACCACUGAGCCACAUCCCCAGCCUUUUUUAUUUUUUGGAGACUGAGUCUCACUAAGUUGCCCAGGUUGGUUUAGAACUUGUGAUCCUUCUCCCUGUGCGUCACAAGCAGCUGGAACUGCAGGUAUAUAAACUAACAGGCCUCAGCGUUUCUUAACUCUCAUUCCCAUCCCGAAGUUCAGUCGCAUUUUGGAAUCUUUAUGCUUUUAUUUUUUCUCUGCCAUCUCAGACUCUCUGCUCUUUCCCUAUCCUGUAGCACAUACUCCAAGUUCCUUUUCCCUAUUAAAAUUUUUUUUCCUAUUUUUUGAGACAGGAUCUCACUAUUUAGGCCCAGGCUGGCCUCGAAUUGCAUCGA